GAGGACACGCAUAUUGACUCUUCUGAUGCUAUUCACAGUUAUGAAUUGCAAAUGACUUUUCAAAAGUACUUCUCUCAAAACACCCAGACACCUGGCCACAGACUAAUGCUAAAACGGGCACCUGGAUCAGCUGCCCCGUAACUUCAAACCACACGGCUGCAUCUGACCACAGAGACAGACGUCUCCGCCAAGAGAAAUAUGAACAGCUCUGGGAACUGAUUACGAACUUGGGACUGGUCCAGACCGUUCAGAAGUGAUGCCUCGCAGCCCGGACGUCCCCCUCAGCCAGUUAGCUCUGUGCAAUGAAAGCGCUGUCACGAAAUUCGAAUGUGCACGAGCCUCCUCGCUGCCUAAUAUGGAAAUAAUAAUUAACUGCCCAAAGACGUGAGCGCUGGCUCAUGGCUGAUGAUUCACCUUAAAGUGCAAAGAAAAAGGUCAAACCUUUUGUUGGGCAACUUAACGACAGUCCUGAAACCAUCUGUUCCCUUUCACACAGUAAUCUUAUUGCCGGAAACUGAUCUUAAGAAAUGACCCAAAAGCCAGAAGGUGCCCACCAGCGUCAGAAUCCGCCUAAGUGCCCGGUAGGAGACAUGGUAAUUACCGUUCGCCUUCGUCCUGAAAUACGACACAGCCAUUAAAAGUGAACCAUGAAGCCUGCCGCACUACGGAAGGAGCUGAGGACGAUGCUGCGUUUAAAAGCAGAAUAUCAGUUAUAUCUGCGUUAUAACUGCGACCACAUUCAAAUGUAUUUUCACGUAGGGAAAAUGGAAGGCAGCGUCAUGGGCGAUUUUUCCCCUAACUUUUUGUAAUGUUAACCUACUGUCCUCAUAAUUUUCGAAAGGAAACGGGGUUGUGUACAGUGCUUUAUACUCUGCUCUGUAAGUAAAUCGGUACAAAAAUACUUGAAAACAGCAAAGCUCGUUUCAAAUAUUUGUCCUUUAGAAACGCCAGGUGCUCGCCCAGCAUCUGGCAGCUGGCGGAACAUUCCCAUGGGUUCUGCCCGGACCCUCCGACCUCUGUGAAGGGCCCUCUCUGCCCCUGGGAGCUCCCGGCUCAGGCCACCUCCUGGGGAGUCCAGUCCUGGGGUGGGGUCUGUGUCCCAGGCCCUGUGACUUCCGGAGGACACAGGUUUGUCACAGACCCAGUCCCACCCCCACCCCCAGCCCUCGUCAGACUGGACAUUGGACCCUGGACCCAAAGGUCGGCAAGUCCUCCGCUGUGUGGCCUCCGUUUUGAUGUCUGUUUCUCAAACACGGGUUUUCCAGACCCAGGGCGCCUGGGGAGCAGUUCUCUGGACCUACGGCUCCCGCAGGCAGGUGGACGGGGGGCUGCCCCCCCGUGGCUGGCCUGCUCCUGGGAGAGCUGGUCACCCCGCAAACAGUGUAGCGAAUGCGCCCACGCCCAGACUACAGGGCACUGUGUCCCGCAGACACUGUCACCCGUGUUGACACGUGAUAGGAGGCAGGGCCUCUGUCUGGUACUAAAAGCACGAAAGAGGAAAAAAAUCGACUCAAUCCCGCAGCUCUGCUUCAAUGUCUCGAGAUCAAAAUGCUCACGAGAACGCAGAGUCCUGUCUAAGGAAGUACAGCCAUCGCUGAGCUGACGCUCCGUCAACGCGGACGUGGUCACUUUGGUGUGUCGGCAAACGGGGGAAAUGACAGUGGACCCCGAGUUCCUGAUCGAUAUGGACGAAUGACACAGCUUCAGACGAGGGCUCCUGUGAGCGAUUCUUCAAAGGGAGAAUUUUUACUCCACGAGACUUGUUUUCAUCUCUCGAGCUCUUUCUAAACCAUCAAACCUACGCUGCUCAAAAACUGUUGGACCGUGGGUCAAGGAGACACUCGCGCUGGCUCUCAACAGAAAAUGUGCUUCUCCCACUGAAAUGGCCACUCAAGCAACAAUGUGGCGAUGAUUUAUCUCGGGACGUUUAACGCUGGACCCUCGCUCCAGCUGUGUCACGACCAUGCAGCCGGUCAGGGACACGUGCCGUGUGCACAAGACGAGGAAAACACUCUCGCGGCCCAGGACUUGGGCGUCUAACGUACCAGCGUCACCGUCUUAAAAGCUAAGCUGCCCACAUCCCGAAGAAUGAACACCACGGACGAUCACGAUGUCUACGCGUCGCUGACGGCAGAACGUGAAAGGGCUCCGUUCGCAUCACGGAGCCACUGUCGUCGAGCGUGGCGCUUCGUUGAGCGGUGGGGUCGGCGGCAGGUCGGAAAAGACGGGGCGUCCCGUGGCAGAACCAGGGCCUCUGCCUCUGCGGGCGUGGGGAGCCCUGCAUUUCCCGUCCGCUGCCGCGUCUCCGGGACCCAGAGAGGUCUCCGCCGACCUCCGUGGGGUGAUGAAUGCACCGGUGCAGAGCGGAGCGUGUCAGGACCGAAGCGCAGCCCGUGCCCCGCGACGGGGAAUCGGGGAGGCGCGCGCUUGCCUCCGUGGUCAGGCGGGGUCUCGUCCGGAGCGUCUGCUCCACGCGGCGUUCAGACACCGCGUGUGACCGCGCAGGCCCUGCGGUUACGCACGGCCAGACCAUCAAGGACUCCAAAUCGGGGCGGUCCUACGACACUGUCCCUGGAGGCGGUCACACCGGACGUCCAGGAGCUGCUUGGCCAGACUGCCGCAGCCGGGGCUGAGCACCCCCUCGCUCGCCGUGUCACUCACGGGAGGCUAAGGGCUCAGAGGCCGUGCCCGUGCGCGCUGGGUCCCGGGCACAGUCCCAGCAAUCCCUCCAGGCGCCCCGGCCUGUCCUUCUCGUCUGCUGUUCCGUCCGCUCACUCCCCUAGAAUGUCACUUCCAGCCCGGCAAGCACCCUGGCCGUCUCAGUCUGUUACAGUCCAGCACCUGACGCCAGCUGGGCAUCCAGGGGUGAGGCGCAAGGAAAAAGGUUCUCAGGCCGCCACGCUCACUGCUGAUGACGAUACAGAAUUCUGUUUUAAAAUGAGAUCUGGCAAAAGGCUUUCUAAGGAGGUGACACAUGAUCCACGGAUGAGUGAGCUAAGCCUUCCAGCCUGAGUCCGCCAAAGAUCUCGACAGUUCAAAGUUCAGAGCGCUCUUAAACUUAAGGAGUGGCCUACAUUCCUAAAAUUUCUUUUUAACUAAGGUAUUGGAAACCUGCGAGAUCCCAGCUACCGCGUCUGUUGCCAGCCCAAUCAAUUUAACUACACACUUCCUGUCACGCUUCUUAAUCGUCACUGGCACAGUAAAAACACUCAGUUUACUAAGUCGACACUGAACCUGUAGGAACUCAGUCAGACGAAGACAUUUUACCUUCUUUUGCCUUAACCCACAAGCUGAGGACACGUCAGCAUCACAGCGAGCCAGGGAGAGACUCACUCCCCAUCCCUGCUCUGGGUCUAGGCUGCUCUAACCUUCCCGUUGGUUCCAAUCCAGCUCAGGCACUCGGGGUGCCCUCCCUCCGAGCUCCCUGCACGAUGCGGGGCUCUCCGAUCCGGUCAGGGUCCCCGGGUGCGUUCGCCUGCAGGACGGUCUCCGCUAAGCAAGCUUGGGGACAAAAUGCUGGCGUCAAUGUACACCAACGACCCGGAUGAGCCAGCUCCAGGCAGCUUCUUGCAGCCCGUGUCCCCACGUAGACACGGCCCGAUGACACGGCACGGUGCCCUCGUCAAAGCCGGAGCUAAACACAGAGGAGGCAGGAAGAUCGACACGUGUUUUCAGCACAUUUCGUCGCUUUGCCCUCCCUCUCCAUACCUGGGGCCGGUACCUGGGGUCGGUCCCUGGGGAAGCAUCGCCCCCAUCCACGGAGAGCCAGCGCCAAGCUCGACGUGGGCGGGUCACCUCAUCGCCCCCAUCCACGGGGGCCAGCGCCAAGCUCGGCGUGGGCGGGUCACCUCAUCGCCCCCAUCCACGGGGACCAGCGCCAAGCUCGGCGUGGGCGGGUCACCUCAUCGCCCCCAUCCACGGGGGCCAGCGCCAAGCUCGGCGCGGGCGGGUCUCCUCAGCUCUUCCGCAGAAAUAGCGUACCCCGUUAACGGAAAUCAGCAGAGGAGGAGGAAGAAAGCGUUAACGGCACGAUCUCGCCGCCCCGCCCUCGACGGACGCCGUUUUAAAUCGCGUCCACAGCACAUCGCUAUUUGCGCUUUUGUUUUCCUCGUAGGUAUAAUUUUUUACAUAAUGUCCUUUUUUAUAUAAUUCCCUGUUGCCACUUUGUAUUUAUAAUUUUCGGUGGUUAACUAUGCCAUCAGAUGAAAUGCUGUCAUUUUUUUAUGCUCCUUCUGUGGCAUUCGGCCUUUGUCCUGUUUGGGGGGGCGGGGAGCAUCGAGAAUCCCGCUGCAGCCACCUCUCGCUAGGUUCCACAGCCAGCUCUUGGCCUGGGAUUCCCAAAUCAAAGGCGACGAGCGUUGUCACAUCUUGAUCACAUUUAAAUCCAGACUGAAGAGUUUGUUCUCAGAAGCAUGAGUAAUCGGCUGUUCCGGGAAAUACACACUGAAUAUGAAGAUGCUGUUUACGUCAAGCCGAGCACUGAAGAAACAGGAAAGGAGUCAGAGCUGAUGACUGGUCUGUCCAGCCCGGGACUUUAUGGGAAGCUGUGGUCUUCUGUGGCCGCCUGGCACAUGAGUCCCAGGACACCUCGGUUUUCCUUAGCGCUGUUCUGCAGUAAAUUAUUCCUAAAACUAUCUAACUGCACGUCCGUCCGAGAGCCAGCGACAACUGCCGGGCUGUGCAGAGGGGCCACGGCCCGUUUCGCUCACAGGACAGCGCCUGGACCCCGGGCAGUGCCGGGCAGAUCCCUGCGUCAGAACCCCCUGCACAGGAGGAAGACAGCGGAAGGACACUGAGCGCUGGGCCCGCCAGGGACGGCCAGGUUCACAGCCUCACGCCCGUCUGGGGGGUGAGGGGGCCAGGAAAACCCGGCAGAGGGGCUGCACGGAAAGAGGAGCGGCUGUGCCCAGCUGCCUUCCGGUCUGCUUGUCAACAGAAGGUGAUCGACAGCAUCUGUGGGUACAGCACCAGCCACCCCCAGAUAACGCACCGAGCUUUUCCAGAAAGGUUUCUGAGAAAAGGGUCCUCAGGAGCUCAGCAGACCCCACACUUCUCCCGGCCCUGCAGAGGUCUCCAUGCUGCGGAGUCCCGGUCACAUCUCGCCAAGGCCCACGCAGAAGCCUUUUCCCGAGCUCUGCCCCUGGCCCUGUGUGACAUUCACGUGUGGCUUUUGGUCACUGGCAAAUGCUGAGAGCAGCAUCAAAAAUGAGCAAAUGUGAUGCUGUGGCUUCAGCAACGACAAAAACUAGAGUAAUAUUCCAGGGUGUGGGGGAGACGGUCCCCCCCGAGGACGAGAGGAAAGCCAGGAGCUCUAGAGAGUGGAGCGACAGUCACACCUACUGAAGACACAGCCUAGAUGGAACAGAAUGAAUCUCUACCGUGUCCCUUAACAGUCAUGUGGCUAAUGAGACAACCCACU